ACAUAUAUUAAUUUUACNAGCGGAAAUAUAUUAUUAGAUGUAUUUCAAUGGAAAAUUGGGGAUCUGGGAUUAUCGCAGUCUGAAAGUAGUAAAUCAUUAAACAAUGAAAUAUAUGGAGUUAUACCUUACAUUGCACCAGAGAUAUUUAAAGGGGCUGCGUUUUCUAAAGAGGCUGAUAUCUAUAGUUUCGGUAUGAUUAUGUGGGAACUUACAACAGGUUGUAAACCUUUUGCUAAUGUUGAACAUGAUAUUCAUCUUAUUUAUAAAAUUCUUGAUGGAGAACGACCCAAGAUUACAAAAGAUACACCGGAAUACUAUGUUAGUUUAAUGAAAAGUUGUUGGGAUCCUGAUCCAAAAAAAAGACCAUCUAUGAGCUACAUUCAGUAUAGUUUUGAUAGUUUUUACCUUAGAGAUAAUAUAGAUUAUAAUCAAGCCGAAGCAAUAAGAAAGAAACUGAUAGAAUCAAAGAAGAUUGGUCCUGAAUUUGCCGAAAAAUGGCACUCGGAGGCAAUUUAUACAAGUAGGCCACUAAGUGCUUUAAUUUCUAAAUUAUCCACAAAUUCAUAUUCAACAAUUUCAUUUGGUAAUAAGCAAGAUUAUAAUUAUAAUUAUAUUUCGAAAGAAAAAGAGCUUGAUAUAGACAUUAAAAGUUUAUUAUCACAAAACAUAACAAUUCAAAAUUCUUCAAUCUCGUUAAAAAAGCGAAACAAUAAGGAAUUAAAUCCUGAAACCCAAAGCGAUAGUGGAAAACGUAUUAAAACUAGCAUAAUCGCUUCUUUGAAGUCCAGGUGGUAA